GUGUCCCAGAGAGCCCCGCGCCGGGCCACGACACCGCGCACCGCCCUCGCCGUCGCCGCCGCUGGGCUUUCUCCGGUCGCCGCCGCCACUGCCGCUCCUUCGCGGGCUGGAGGUCCGGGCGUUCCCCGGGCGAGAGGAGGCUGCGGUUGACUGAAGCGAGGGAGCCGGCUUCCAGAGCCUCGAGGCGGGAUCUAGGGGCCUCGUGGGGUUGCAGCCGAUGGUCUGAGGGCAUCGCAGACAUGGCUCACCUCAGGGGCUUCGCCAACCAGCACUCACGCGUGGACCCCGAGGAGCUCUUCACCAAGCUCGACCGUAUCGGCAAGGGCUCCUUUGGGGAGGUGUACAAGGGCAUCGACAACCGCACCAAGGAGGUGGUGGCCAUCAAGAUCAUCGACCUGGAGGAGGCCGAGGAUGAGAUCGAGGACAUCCAGCAGGAAAUCACUGUGCUCAGCCAGUGUGACAGUCCCUACAUCACCCGCUACUUCGGCUCCUACCUGAAGGGCACGAAGCUGUGGAUCAUCAUGGAGUAUCUGGGCGGAGGCUCCGCGUUGGACCUGCUGAAACCCGGGCCCCUGGAGGAGACGUACAUCGCCACCAUCCUGCGGGAGAUCCUGAAGGGCCUGGACUACUUGCACUCGGAGCGCAAGAUCCACCGAGACAUCAAAGCCGCCAACGUGCUGCUCUCAGAGCAGGGUGACGUGAAGCUGGCCGACUUUGGUGUGGCGGGGCAGCUCACAGACACACAGAUCAAGAGGAACACGUUUGUGGGCACCCCCUUCUGGAUGGCACCCGAGGUCAUCAAGCAGUCGGCCUACGACUUCAAGGCUGACAUCUGGUCGUUGGGCAUCACGGCCAUCGAGCUGGCCAAGGGCGAGCCUCCGAACUCUGACCUCCACCCCAUGCGUGUCUUGUUCCUGAUUCCCAAGAAUAGCCCGCCCACCCUGGAGGGCCACCACAGCAAGCCUUUCAAGGAGUUUGUGGAAGCCUGCCUCAACAAAGACCCCCGAUUCCGGCCCACUGCCAAGGAGCUGCUGAAGCACAAGUUCAUCACCCGCUACACCAAGAAGACCUCCUUCCUCACUGAGCUCAUUGACCGCUACAAGCGCUGGAAGUCGGAGGGGCACGGCGAGGAGUCCAGCUCCGAGGACUCUGACAUUGACGGAGACACUGAGGAUGGAGAGCAGGGCCCCUCUGGACGUUCCCCCCCACCAUCCGGCCGAGCCCCCACAGCAAUGCACAAGGGCACAGCCCUGCACGGCUCCCAGAAGUCUGCGGAGCCCGCCAAGAGGCAGCCGAGGUCCCAGUGCCUGUCCACGCUGGUCCGGCCUGUCUUUGGAGAGCUCAAGGAGAAGCACAGGCAGAGCGGCGGAGGCGUGGGGGCGCUGGAGGAGCUCGAGAACGCCUUCAGCCUGGCCGAGGAGUCCUGCCCCGGCAUCUCGGACAAGCUGAUGGCGCACCUGGUGGAACGGGUGCAGAGGUUUUCCCACAACAGAAACCACCUGACGUCAUCCCGCUGAAGGCGCCGCUGCUUGGGAAGCGGGGAGAAGGGUCUUUGCGUGGAGCCCCCUGUGCUGUCGUGGCCACGUGGGCCCCACUGCCGGGUCACCGCCCCCCACCCGCGCAGAGGGUCCCUCUUCCACGUCCCCUCCUGGCAGCGGAGCACCGACAGGCGACCACGUGGCACGAGGAGCAGAGACCGUCGGGGCAGCCCUGUCUCCUCCCCUGCCUGGGGCCCACCGAGGCCGUGCCGGGCCCGGGUUUGCUUCGUGUCGCGUUACCGUGUCUCCCAAGGACUCGUUUCGGCCAGGACUUUUUUUUUUUUUUUUUAAAGAAAAUGAACUUCCUGUUUCCCUAAAUGUUCUGAGGUUAAGGUGUUAGUUUUCAUAGAACAUCGAGAGGCUCGGGCCACUUUCAAUAAAAACCUGAAUCGGA